AUGGCGAGGGCGAGGCCACUGCCCGGACUUCGUCGAAUCCCCCGGCUCUCAGACGAAGUGGUGAUUUCUUCAGCAAACACACCUCUUAGCAGAAGCUGGCUAAAACCAUCCUGGAAUUUUAAAUUUCCCAAUAUCAAAGAUGCAGUGAAACUUUGGACAAGUAGAGGAUGGUUUAUAUACCACUGGUGCCAGAACUGCAUAGCCCAGAGUUUAGAAGUAUUGAAAAACGUCAUCUUUCCUUCCCGUUUCUGCCACCAAGAACUUCAUAGUUUAAAACAACAGUUUUGCGUUUUGGAAAGUGAACUAUGCAAGCUCAAAGAAGCACUGAAGACUGUCACAGAAAAUUCUUCCUGUCCAAGUUGUGGUCAUCCCUGUUACAUGAAUGGUAAACUUCCAACAAUGCCAGCCUGUGCUCUAACCACCCCUGGAGAAUCCGGAGCUGUACUUCCUGCCACACCAGCAGGCCAUCUUCCUCCUGCACCCCCACCUCCACCCCCUCCACCUCCUCCACCUCUGCCUCCCCCUCCACCACCCACAAUACCUUUGCUGCUCAGAAAAUCCAAUCUCACCAAAGCACUUCAGCCUGGACCAUUGAAAAAAGAUGGACCCAUGCAGAUAACAGUUAAAGACCUAAUGACUGUGAAAUUAAAGAAAACUCAGAGUUUUGAUGAAAGGAAAAAGCUUGUUCCAUCAUCAGAGAUACGGAAUCCACUAGUUACUGUCUCUGACCUGCAGCGUCUUACCCUGAAGCCCAACUCCAAAGCAUUAUCAACUCGAGUUACAAAUGUCUUAAUUAAUCCUGGUAAAAGUCAGAUAGACCUGCGGAAACUACUUAGAAAAGUCGAUGUAGAGAGGAGCCCAGGUGGGACCCCUCUUACCAAUAAAGAAAAUAUGGAAACAGGAACUGGGCUGACCCCAGUAAUGACCCGAGCCUUAAGGAGAAAGUUUCAGCUGGCUCACCCUAGAAGCCCAACUCAAACUCUGCCACUUUCUACAAGCAACUUUGAUGAACAAAACUGA